AUGGCUGAACACGCUAAAGCCAUUUCAUCGAUCGACUCAAAUGUCGAAGAAGAUAAAUUUGACAUCAGCCGUUAUCAAGUUGACAGCUUUAAAGGCACGAAUAUGAAACGUGUACCUCUCGAGCAAUUAGAUUUCUCAAUUUACCACCCAAAUGCAAAUCUCGUAGCUUUUUUUUCGACCGAAGAAAGACUGCCCAUAUGGAUCAAAGCAAUGCAUCUGCGCUACAAACAUGGCUUCCUUAAUGACCGCAAAAUAAUCACCCACUGGGAAGAAGAAAACAACCCGAAUGAUCCCACGAAAUGUGACAAAGUAACAAUCACCCUGACAUCCCAAGAAAACGAAAAAAAUAUAGUCGGUAUCACUGUUAUGGUCAACAAAGGAAGAAUCCAAAUACAAGGUCGCUUUAUGAAAGAGUGGGGUAGUGAAGAAUUCCCCAUAUUAAUCGAACUGAUCAAUAACCCAGACCUUAUGAAAAGCAACCCUGCAAAAAAUCUUAACAAUUUUACUGCCAAAACACUUUCUCAGAAAACCACCAACCAACAGACACCAGCGACUUCUCAACAACAUGAUCAUGAUCAUCCUAUUCCUUUGGAUAGCAGCAUAAACCAUUCACCUAAAGAAAGACCUCUGAUUAAUACUGUUAAGACCAAUUUGGCAACCCUCGAGGCAGACUUCAUCGA